AUGGCAGAUCCCACAUCCGGAACGCAGAUCAUUCCAUUGAGAAGAAUGCCACAGCAGGCUAGUGUCCGGGAAGCCCGCGACGAUUGGACUGGCGUCAUAAAUCGGGAGGAACGAAGGAAAUUGCAAAAUCGUCUCAAUCAGCGACGUUUCCGUAUGUAUAGUAUCCGCUCGAUCCGCCCGGGCGAAAACGUGGUUUAUUCAGUAUCUCAUUAUUUGCUAGGGCGGAGGAAGCAAGCCGAUGAGGCGAAAUCGGAGGGUGCCAUCACCUCCCCAAAUCCCUCCAAUUUGUCCAAUCCGCAUAUGGUCUCACUUGAGUUCCAAGAGGAGACUGGUGAAAUUUGGGAAUGCGCUCUGGCGCCUCCGAAUGCUCGCCAAUUCCGUAAAUGGUUUGAGGCGAAGGCCUUCGAGAGCUAUAUGAACGGCGCACCGAACAGAGAUCAUCUUAUCAGUCUUAGUCGGCUGAACGUGCACAAAGCCAUCAACGAAAAUAUCUUUGCAAUUGGCAUGACGCCUAGGUGGAUGCAAGACGACGACUCGAUAUCAAUAUUCAACCUUUCCCAGCCCGGCUUCUCAAUCCAGGGGAUUCCGCCUUGUUUACGCCCUAGUUAUAUCCAGCUACAUGUGCCUCAUCAUCCUUGGUUAGACUUUUUCCCCUUCCCUCGCAUGCGUGAUUGUAUGAUUCUGGCUGGAGACUCUUUUGAUGACGAUGACCUUUGUCAUGAUCUCAUGGCGUUUUGGGACACAAGAAAUACAGCUGCUACAUUACUAGUGUGGGGAAACUCGUGGGAAGCAAAAAAUUGGGAGGUUACAGAAGGCUUUGCGCGAAAAUGGAAAUGGUUACUCCUUGAUUCGCCAGAGUUACUGAUUUCCACCAAUCGUUGGAGGAGGUCUAGAGGAGAGAAACCAUUUGUUUGGAAAGAUGUCUUGACACAGGCAUAA